AUGUCUCCCAUUCGCUUGCGCAUUGACGGCCGCACGUUCCGUGACCCCCAGAAUCGUGAGGUCAUUCUUCACGGCAUUAACUGCGCCGCCGAUGCAAAAUUCCCCGCAACACCCGAUGUGCCCUCGCACGUCUCCGAGAACUUCUUCGACGGCGACAAUGUUUCCUUUGUGAACAGACCAUUUUCCCUUGACGAUGCCGCCACACACUUCACGCGGUUACGAGCCUGGGGCUACAACACCAUACGAUAUGUCUUCACAUGGGAAGCGAUUGAGCAUGAAGGCCCGGGAAAGUUCGACGAGGCGUGGAUCGAGCACACCAUUAGCAUACUGCGCAAGGCGAAAGAGUACGGCUUCUACAUCUUCAUGGACCCGCAUCAAGACGUUUGGUCUCGAUUCUCGGGUGGCUCAGGAGCACCAAUGUGGACACUAUACGCCUGCGGCCUUGACCCGCAGCACUUUGCCAUCACAGAAGGCGCACUCGUACAGAAUACAUACCCCGAUCCCAGCACAUUUCCCAAGAUGAUCUGGGCCUCCAACUACACACGCUUGGUCUGCCAGGUUGUCUUCACACUCUUCUUUGCAGGCAAAGACUUCGCGCCAAAAGCCAUCAUCGACGGCAAAAACAUCCAGGACUACCUGCAGGAUCACUACAUCGCGGCAUGCGGGCACCUUGCGAAGCGCAUACAUGAAGCGGGUGAUUUGGACCACGACCCAAUCGUGGGAUGGGAGAGCUUGAAUGAGCCUAACAAGGGCUUGAUCGGCUACCAGGAUAUCACCGUUAUACCAAAGGAGCAGCAACUCAAGAAGGGAACCACACCCACGGCUUGGCAAGCGAUCCUGACCGGAUCAGGAAGAGCUUGCGAGGUCGAGACGUGGGAGUUCGGUGGCAUGGGUCCAUACAAGUCUGGCACAGCCUUGAUCGACCCUCAAGGACAGAGUGCGUGGCUGUCGGCAGAGCACGAUGAUACAAAAUACGGCUGGAAACGUGACCCCGGGUGGCGCUUGGGCGAGUGCAUAUGGGCCCAGCAUGGCGUCUGGGAUCCAGCCAACGAUAAUGUUCUCAAGAAGGACUACUUUGGAACAGAUCCAAAGAACGGUGCCAUCAUUGAUACCGAAUAUUUCACGAACCACUACUGGCUGGCGCACUACCGGAGUUACAAGAAUAUGGUCAGGUCGAUAUUCCCAGAUGCUAUGAUGUUCUUCCAGCCCCCCGUGUUAGAGAUACCACCAAAGAUUAAAGGAACAGAGGACGAUGACCCGAACAUGAUCUUCUCGCCGCACUUUUACGAUGGCAUCACCUUGUUGACAAAGAAGUGGAACCGCGUCUGGAACAUCGAUGUCUUUGGCGUACUGCGAGGAAAGUACCUCACCCCAGCUUUUGCUAUCAAGAUUGGAGAAAAUGCCAUCAGAAACUGCUUUGCGCACCAGCUCAAAGCUAUUCGAGAGGAAGGCACCGAGUACAUGGGCGUACAUCCUUGCAUCUUCACGGAGAUUGGUAUUCCGUACGACAUGGAUGACAAGUAUGCAUACAAGACAGGCAACUACAGCAGCCAGAUCGCCGCGCUGGACGCAAACCACUUUGCGCUCGAAGAGAGCUUGGCAAAUGGCUUCACUCUAUGGACCUACGUCGCAACAACUGACGUUCACCAGAACAACCACUACUGGGGCGACCAAUGGAAUGGUGAAGAUUUGUCUAUUUUCUCAGUAGAUGACAAGGCUGUACCCGCAGGCCCCUUCUCCUUGUCUGACUCCCGCGCAUCGCUAGAUCGAGGAUCACCCUCGUUUUCGCGAGCACAGUCGUCAGACACUCUCAGUGUGACGCCGUCCAAUCUGAAGAAGACUGUAACUACAGAGCGCAUGAGCUCGUCAAGGACUGACGGCGAUGUUGCUGGGCUGCGGGCAGCCGAAGCUUUUAUUCGUCCUGCGCCCGUCGCCGUGCACGGUGACAUCUCAUCAUACGUCUUCGACCUCAAGACGUGCACAUUCAAGUUGGCGCUCACCGCACCGAGCUCCACUGCCGAAGAUGCACCGACCACGGUAUACCUGCCGGAGUUCCAUUUCCCGUCAGGUCAAACGAGCGUGGAAGUCACGGGCGGCAAGUGGACCAUUGUAUCAGAGGAGACGAACGGCGCACUGCAGCAGACGCUUCGCUGGUGGCAUGCUGAGGGCGACCAGAGCAUUACGGUCAAGGGCGUCGUGCGCAAGCCUGGCAACGCGGUAGGAACCGAAGAAGACGAGGGCUAUCUGGCGCAGUGCCAGAAACAGAAUUGUGCCGUCAUGUAAAGGCGUGGUACAUGGUGGUGAGGCUCGAUGCAGCUGCGGACGGAUGCGUAACGAUCACGCGAUGCUCAGGUCACGCCGUCAGCAAUUUUAGCAGCGCGUGUCUGCAAUGGCGCGGGGAACAGGUCAGACUUGAAGUUGCAUUUCAUGGCGUUUGAGCGGAUGUCGUGGGGUUAUAUGGCGGUAUAUAGUUGUAAAUAUCACGACCAGAUUCUCGGAAA